UGCGCGAGAUUUUAUAGAGAGUCAGCCUGCUUUCACUAUUUCAAGGCUGCUCUCCGGCAAUGAGUUUUAGUACUUGACGUAAGAGAAACUUUAUUUCCUACUUCCUGGUCUAAACUCUGCUCAUGGUCAAUGGAUUAACUUUCUGUAAAAACGCUGUAAAUAUACUCAGAUAUGAAUACAUACGCAACUUUAUCAAACAUCGACUUCAGCAUCUCUUCUUAAACGUGUUUAUAGCAGAAUUUAACAAUGACAGAUGCAAGCCGUCCUCAACGCAAGCUGUCCAGAGCUGGAGAGAGUUUAUACAAGACAUUAGGCCUGGAAAAAGGAGCGUCACCUGACGAUAUUAAGAAAGCGUACCGGAAACUGGCAUUGAAGUAUCAUCCUGACAAGAACCCCAACAACCCAGAAGCAGCAGAAAAGUUCAAAGAGAUCAACAAUGCCAACACCAUCCUCCAUGACGAAACCAAAAGACAGAUCUACGACCAGUAUGGCUCCAUGGGCCUCUACAUCGCAGACCAGUUCGGAGAGGACAGCGUUAAAUACUAUUUCCUCAUGAACAAGUGCUGGUUUAAGACGCUCCUUACGUUAGGAAUAGUCUUCACAUGCUGCUGCUGCUUUUGCUGCUGUUGUUUCUGCUGUGGUAAAUGCGGCGGUUCAGAGCACGAUGAAGAGUUUCAUUAUAUGGAUCCAGAUGAGCUGGCGGCGGAGAUGUCAGAGGAGCAGAACAGAGGCAAUGACACAGUAAUAACAGGACAGCCUAUUCCCGGUCCAGCACCUGCAGAUUCAGGACACCCUGUGUUUGUUGGAAUGCCCAUUCCUGAAAAGUCAGAUGGAGACACUGCUAUACUGAUCACAAAUAAAUAGAGCAAACACCUACCUGAAGAUCGCCUCGUCCCCGUUUCAGCGUUAAGGAUGAAGAAAUGAGGACACUGCUGUUUCACUGUCAGUCCACACGGUCUCUGUGCAGUAAGUGUGGAUCAUUUGAUGUCCACGCAUAAUGCUAUGUUUACAUCAUUUAUAAUUUCCUUUGGUUUGCUUGAUUUUUAUUGCAAAGACACUUUUUCUAAUGCUUCUCUGAUGAGGAACGCAGAUCAGAUGCAGCCCUUUAAAUGACAUCUAGAGUACAAUCAAACAUAUACAUCCUUGUGUAAAAACGUUGCCAAAUUACCUGAUCUAAUAAAAUAAGAAUCUGCUUUUUUUUUUAACCAGAUUUAUUGGUUUGCUCGAUUUUUUUAAUUUAUCUUUUCCAGUGAGAACUGAUUUAUGCACUUUCUGUGCUGUACGUCACAAUAAUUUUUAAGAACACAAAGCCUUUGGAACCUUUAUUAAUAGUGUAUUUGUACCAUGUGAAGUUGUUAAGGAUCUAAUAGAGUGAUAACAAAUAAAUCCAGCAGUUCUUUCUUAUUUGUAUGUACAUAAACAUUGACAUUUUAUGUGGUUUAUUUUGUCACUGUUUCAAUCAAACUUUGAAAUAACCAUUUUAAGAUAUAUGAUCAUUUAAUAUGAUAUUAAUCUUUUAAAAGUUUCAAAUGAAUGUAUAAAAAUGAUCAUUAUGCCAUAUGAUCAAUUAGGGCAGGGGUUCAGGUACGGUCUGUCCCGCUGAGUUCAAAGGACCACUGAAAUUUUUCCAUGCAGGAGCUGGUAAUUUAAAGAUUAAUAUUUUGUUGCUGUUGUGGUAAUAUUGCACGGCCUCAGGGAUGGUUUUGUCUGAGAUUCUGUUUGUAUAUCUUUGUUUUUGUUUAUAAUUGUAAUGGUUGGCAAAUGACUGCUGCUGCAAUAUUAAUAUUAUGACGAAAUAUGAAAGAUUAAUAAAUAUAGUUGAUUCUUGUAUCUA